GCAGUGUACGUAGACAAAGUGUCAAUAUAAAAGUAAAAUUAACUGUUAAUAAUUAAUCAACUAACAUAUUUAAAAUAUAUUGAACUAAGUAAUCAUAAUUAGAUUACAUCAUGAAUAUUAUUUUACUCUCAAACUGUACCUUUAACAGUUACUGUGGAAGUUGGAUGGGCAGGUGCCUAAGGAUUGGAUUUGGAGAUGAGAAAAUACUUAAAAGUUAAAAUUUAAAUUGAAAUGGAUUGUGUAUACUAUGGUGUAUAUCAAACUAUAAUAUUGUAUAAAACUGGAGAAUCAACAAAAAGGGGAUGAUUAGAGGCAUGACAUGAAGAAAUGACCAUGUUUUUCAUUUCAAGAACUUCUCCUUUCUUUCUUAACUCUUGUGCUUUACAAAGUAGCAUCCUCUGUACUUCUGUGUACAGAUAUUUGUGUCAAAAAACAAAUAUUCAUGCAAGUAUAUUCAAUUUACCUCACAUGUUUAUUAAAACAAAUGCUACAUUCUCUGUGAAUUCUGAGAGACUCGUUUAUACUUUCUAUAAACCUUCACUAAAAUUAACUUUUAUAAAUAAACUGCGUACUAAGGCUUUUGUGAAAUGCAAUAGAGCUCAUUUUAGUAUGACUAAAAAACAUCAGUCUCAUAUCAAACAAUUAAAGAAUAAGCAAGAUGAAAGAAGUCAACAGUGUAGGAAACAUAAUUUGUUGUUUGAUGUCUGUAGCAACAAAGAUAAUAUGUCUGUAGAAGAAUGGAAAGAGUUCAAAGAUGAAAUUAUUACGUCCUCGAAACGCAGAAUUACAGAUUAUAGUUUUGAUGGUACUGUUAUGAGGGCAAUGUUGUCAAGAGAGAACCAUAGUCUAGCAAAAUCUUUCAUGAAAUACCUCAAAGCAAUGGGAAUCAAGCCAAAUCUAGUGACAGUGUCUUCUUACAUGGCAUUGUGUGGUCAAAAAGGUGAGGAUGCAGAUGAGCAGGAAAUUUUGAAUGUUUAUAAUGAAUUUUGUGAUUUACCAUCUGAACUUGAUGUAGUUACAGCGGAAGGAAUUAUACGUGGUCUUUGUGUGACAUCACAGUGGAGAGAAGCCUUGAAAAUUGUUGAUAAAAUUCACAGCUUCACCAACCCCUCACAAAACUCUCUAAAUGCAAUUGCUUGUUCGGCUUUCAGAAAUAGAGAUAUAGAUUGUGCCUGGAAUACCAUUGAGAAGAUUGUUGAUGCGAAACACUUACCUGGAGAGCAAGUAUAUUGCAGCAGUAUAUGGUUAUCUAAACAAUUAAUCAACAAUAAAACUGCUAAUGGGUUUGGAUUGAUGGAGCGACUCUUGAAUUUCUUUCAUGCUAAUGAAGUACAGAUGACAUUGUAUGUUGCAAGACUUAUCAAAGAUUAUUUUGAAGAAUAUGGAACAGCACAAAACAGUCUUGCCAAAUGGAAAGGAACAUUCACACUAAUUGAAAGAAAUGGUGUUUGUCAAUCCUGUGGAAGAAAGAUAAAUCCUAUUAUACUCCAAACCAAUGAGUUUGAAACACUGAAGGAGGCAUUCCUCAGUCAUGUCUUCAUAGGAAAAGACAUUUUUCUCAGUACCACAACUGUUGAGUUCAAAGAGUAUUGUGACUUCAUAAACAACAAUGCCCCAUUUGAUAUUGUUGUGGAUAGUUUAAAUGUUGCCCAUGCCCAGAAGAGUCAAAACUCUAAUGCACUAGCUGCACAGUUGCUCACAGUUGUCAGACAUUUUGCUAAAGCACAGAAGAAAGUUCUAGUUCUUGGAAGAAAACACAUGGAAUAUUGGCCCAAGAAGGAAAUGGAUACUAUUUCUAAACUGUCCUAUUGUUUCUUUGCGGACAAUGUCUCCAAGGACGACUAUUUUCUUCUGUAUGCCACGAUGAUGAGUGGGAUGGGAAGCAUGUUUGUUUCUCGUGACUUUAUGAGAGAUCACUUAUUUAAACUGCAUGAUUCUUACCUUUCUAAGAUCUUUACCAAAUGGUUAAAGUUACACCAGCUAUAUCUUGUGAGAGUGGAAAAGCCUGAUCGAGUGGUGUUACAGGGCCCACAGAGGUUUCACAUAACCACCCAGGGUUGUUCUCAGACUGGAUGGCAUAUACCGUACAUUGAUGAGAAAGCUGUGGGACCACUUAAUACUGUUACUAAAUGGUUAUGUCUUCAGCAUACUCUGUAAAUCCACUUUGUGUAAUGAAAAUAUUAAAAAAAUUAUUAGAAAGUUCAUUGCAUAAUA